UUUUUUUUUUUUUUACUGAACAGACCGUCAACUACUGGCCAAGUUGGUGCUUCACACCCUUUGAAACUUAACUUUAUUCCUCUAAAGAAAAAGAAAAACUUCACAAAAUAUGUGACAAGCAUCGCGUGAACAUGUAGAGAUGGAUUUUAUGAAGCUGUUUGGGACCGUCAUCGCCGUGUUGUUCCACCCUGGAUCUGCGUCUAAAUUAAACGGUGAGAGAAUCUGCCGGCGCGGGACAGAGCGCCCAUGCUACAAGGCGUUCUACAUCCAGGACAGCAGGCGGAGGCUGACCUUUGAGGGUGCCGUGCAGGCCUGCAGGGUGGAUGGAGGCGAACUGCUCAGCGUUGAGACGGAGGGCGAACAGCGACUGAUAGAGAGGAUCAUACGAGAGCUGAGGGUUGGAGAUGGUGAUUUCUGGAUCGGGCUCCGCCGCAAUCCACAACAUCACAUGGCCAGGAACACCAGCCCAGGUUGCCCUUCGCAAUACUAUUGGCUGGAUGGAAGCAAGGCCAAGUACAGGAACUGGCAUUGGGAUGAGCCUUCAUGUGGUACUGAAAUGUGUGUGGUUUUGUACCACAAGCCCGACGCACCACCUGACGAAGGUCAUUUCCUGUUCCAGUGGAACGAUGACAACUGCAGCUCCAAGAACAACUUUGUCUGCAAAUACCGUGAUGAGAAACUACCAGAAUCUAAAGGUGACAAGAACACGCCGCAUCCAGUUCCAUCUCUAAGGCCAGAUUUAGUGUCAACUACAGAAGAUGAUGAGAGGAUAAAAAUAGGACUUCCUGAGUCAUCAGUAUCUUUUUCAGACAACACCCUCCACGUUUCCUAUGUCCUUUAUGCAACUAUUCCUGCAAUCGUGCUGCUGCUGUUCGCAGUUUCUGGGUUCUUCUGCUACAAACAACAUAGAAAAAGGAGGAAAGUGGAGACAAAAAGCUGUACUGGCAGAUCAAAGCCGUGGAUGUCAACAACAGCUUCAUCUUGCCCCGUACAAGGACCUUAUGCCUUUAGUGACAUUACCAGACUGCCUCAGACUGCUGUGGACUACAGAAUGCCAGCGGACAUCGUGACGAAGUUUGCCCGUGCUCCUUCACCGGACUCCCACUGUGACGAUUAUGAGAAUGUGCCAAGUGUGAACAAGGAGACCGGUUUUGUGACCAAUGACAUCUAUGAGACCUGCAAAGCUCAAACCCGGCGUGGCCGUGGUCAGACUGGAUGGGUGGAAAAUGAGAUCUAUGGAUAAAGCUGCUGGUGCUCAUCUUGGCUCUGCAGAAGUGUAUCAGUCGCAUCCCGACAAAUGAAUAUGACCCGGCUCGACGGAAGAACUGAAAUUGUUUUCCAUACCUUUCUUGCUACGAGGACUACUGGUUACCUGUGAGGUGUGGGAUUACUACACACCAGCCUGUGUUGGCCUGGACGUAUGUGGACUGGACUGGCUGUGGAACAUUGAAUCUGUUAUCUGUGUGUAUCUCAAGCAUUGCAUCUGGAAUGUGUCCCACUCUUUUGUCAGCUAUGACUCCAUAUUUACCCACUAAAGAUAAUCAUAUUUGUCAAUUCCUUUUAAUAAAAGCUAACAUUACUCCAAAUAAAAGCCUACAGCCUUACUAAUGCGACUCUGAGUUUAACGGUUAACCCUGAUAACUUGGACACAAAGGCUAAUAACGUCA